CGAAUGUAAAAAAAAAAAAAAAUCAUAGGUGUAAUACUCGCUCCAAACCCAAAGGAGGGCUGGGCCAUGGCCCGGCGUGGCCACCCACUAGCUCCGCCACUAAUAGUGUGAUACUAUUUCCAACUCCUGUUUUGGAUCAAUUGACUAGUGGAUACAUUUUCAUUUCAGAAAAUUUACAACAAGAUAUGGUCACAAAAUAAUCAAGCGUUAAUACCUUUAAUUCUCCCGAACUUUACACAAAUAAACUACUUUGGUCUGUGGUUUAUGAAAUACCCAUCAUGACCUAAAUUAUGUACCAUCUACACUAAUUUGGUCCCAUUCCUGUCAAAUUUGACGCUUAACAUAAUUGAUUUUUAAAAUGAUUAUUAAACAAAAUGAUAAGAUAAAUAAUAUAUUAAAUGAUGGAUUUUUUUUAUAUUUUUAUUGUCUAAGUGGCAUCCAUGUCAGUGAAGUAUGCUGAUUCACUAUUGGUCGAUGUUAUUGACUGUCUUUUAGGAAAGAAAAUUAGAGGCCGAGCCAAAUUAUUCUUUCUGGGGCAUAGUUUAGGCCUAAAUGGGUAUUUCAGAAAUCACGAGGCAAAGUUGUCUAUUUGCUUAAAGUUCGGGCCAAUAUUAGAUAUUAACCCAAUAAUCAACUUUGUAAGUUCACAAUAAUUAAAUAGUUUGCUUUUUUUUAUUACCGGCGAAAAAUCAGCCCCACGUGCCACUUUGUGACAGCGGGUCCUACUAAAUCCGGGAGCCACCUGUAUUCACUUUGACGCCAACGGGGCUUCGCCCCCAAACAACCUUAUACCUCCUGGAACAUCAACGAGUCUCGUUUGGAUUCGAACCUGGAAUCUGCACCUCCCAACCCUUCACUGUCGCGGCAGCUUACCGUUAGACUAUCUUACCUUUGGUAAAAAAACGCGCAGUUCACUUUGAAACCAAUGGGACGAACCCCUUUACAUUUUGUAACAAAAUAGUUACACUUAUUUUUGCAAUGUAAAGAACUUAUCAUAAUAAUAGUAAAAUACAUAUGCAAUAUUAGUUUGGCUCCGGGGGAAAGGGUUAGUCAAGAUGGUAAGGUGUAGGGUUUUAAUUAUUAUUUUUGGAUGAUGUGGACGGUCGACCUUUAGUAUUGACGGGCAUCAACUGAAGUUGACUCCAUUCUCCCGUAGCUCCCUUUUCCGAACACCAACAGUAUAUGUGAUUGUGACUUUGUUCGUUUUGCCAGAAUUUUCCAAGGUCACAAGCUUACACACACAUAACUAAUGUCAAACCACAAGUAGUUUCUCAUCGCACAAGGACAUCAUCAAUUCAAUAGUCAAGUUCACACCCAAACCCAAGUAAUUUCUAGUGCAAAUUCGACCACCUAGCUAGAAAACCGAGUGAAAAGAAAGUCCAAACGACACAACUAGCUAGCUAGCUAAAGCUCAAAUCAGCCCCUACCCUCCAACUCAGUAGCAGUCAUUUGCCUUACGCCUCUCUCUCUCUCUCUCUGUCUCUCUCCUAACAUUUUCUAUACAUAUUCAACACGAAAGGCCAUAAUUUUCAAAGCAACAACAAAAACAAAAAAAAAACAGACACAAAAAGCUCUCUAGCUAGGCGCUGAAGAUGGAACUUCGCCGAAGUGAAGAAGAGCAAGGAGCGGCAGUGAAGGCGAUGAGCGCAAAGAAGAGAGGUGGGAGAGUUAUGCCGGCGAAGAGAAAGUUGGUGAAGAAGAUGGUGUUCGAUAGCAUUGUGGAUUCCGUAUCCUCCUUCCUCCACCAUUUCUGCGGCGGCCGCCAUGGUUACUCCAACCAGCCCACUUGCUAAGUUACCGAACACUGGUAGUAUUACUGUGGUAGUAAAGUACUGCAUGUUAUGAUUUUGUUUUUUUGUAUGAUAUUGUAUUAGGUCUUCGUCAAAUUGUUUGUGAAGAUAGAAAGAUUUAACAGAACUGGGUAUUUGAUUAUGUGUUGUAUAGUAGAACUGGGUAUUUGAUUAUUGGAUAAAAAUGUAAAACAUACGUGUUGUACACAAAUAAUAUUAUAAAUACGAUAAAUGUAACAUGAUUAGUUAUAGAUCGGUCUUCUCGGCUCAUGGGUUGGACUUGACCAGUUGCUCAACCCCAAAAGUUUAACGAGAUGAGCUCUGGUCCUUAUAUGGUCGUCUUCAAUCUUAGAUAAGCAAGGUCGUGUACUUGUUGAGAAGCAAAUACGUACAAUAUAGAGAUGAGUAAGGUGAAGUACACGUAAACAAGAUGUUUUAUUAAUCGAGUUCGGCCUACUGCUUUACGUCUCGGCUCAAAGGUGGCUCACCCUUUGAGACUUAGUGUCUAGGUUUUUAUCUUAUUCCGAUCGAUCAACUCCAAGUUGAGUCCCUUUCGGUGGAACUCAAACCCUUGACAAGAAUGGAGCAAUAUAUCCCUUUCUCACUUCCUCACAAGCACUCAUCAUGUUAAAGAUAAAAACUACACAACCUCACAACCAUUCAAGCAAUACAAAUCAGUGAACUCCUACAACUUUAAUUUAGAAGACAAAGGAUCCACUACAUCAUCUUCAAAGAUGGAAGGAGAAAAUAGAAUAGUUGCUUCGUCAACUCUCUAUGAUUAUUCAAGGCCGAAAGCUUUGAAUAUCACUUCAAGCAUUGGUGCAUCACCAACGAAUGUUGAAAUUUGACAUCACUCAUGCAAAUGUUGCAACAAUCUGGAAUAUUCGCUAGAAAGCAUAUUAAUGAUGAUCUUGUGCAACAUUUGAGAUUUUCUUAGAGUUCGUCGGUUCAGAUCCUGGACAUGAAGCCACUCAAGACGUCAUCCAAAAAAGAGUGCUUCCUUUCUCGUUAACUAUGAAAGUGAAACAAUGGUUGGAUUACUAUCCACCAAACACUUUCAAGUUUCACCACAUGAAAAGGUCUAUCACAAACUUUCAUAGAAUAAUUCUUUCCACUAUUCGAGCAAACAUGGACAAGUGUCAUUGUUCUGUCCUGAAAUUCCAAGAGUCAGGGAAGUGGAUGGAUUGGACAUCGAAUCUCCUUCGGUUUGACGAUGGAGAGGACCCACACGGCUAGAAUUGGAAAUAAUUAAUCCUGAUGUGA